UGGCCUCGGCUGAGAGUGUGUUUGGCUACUAGCGGGGACUUGUUGGACGGGGAGGGUUAAAGCCGGCCAGGCGCGGGGAAGGGGCGCGCUGGAAAGAAGAUGUUUUUAAAACUUAGCCCCUGCCUGGGGCAUCCUUGCGCUAUCGGGAAGGUUUUGCUAUGCGCCCUCCUUAUGCUGUUGGUUUCAGGAGGUGCCCCUGAGGGCGAACUGUGCCGCGCCUGGAUGGACUGGAUGGGGGCGCCGGCCGGAGUGUUCCAGUGUCCGAAGCGACUGGAUGGCGCGGAGGCCAAGUUUUGCUGUGGUACCUGUAACUCGCCCUAUUGUUGCUCGACCAGAGACGACCGCCUAGACCAGGAGCGAUGCCCCACCGACAGAUUGCUCAAGACGGUCACUUCUGAGGGCCCUGGACAACAAGUGACCUCCACCACCCCGUUCCUGGCUGGAGAGGGGACCGUCACUCCUGAUAGUCCUCGACAAGGGGCCAACACCCUGCUGCUGACUGAAGACUGGACCACCGCCCUGGUCCCGGUGCGCCAUGCCACAUCCUGGACGACUGUCAUUUGGGUUAUCUUUGCAACGGUAGGCAUCAGCUGCGCAUGCUGUGCAUACAGCUAUUGCUGUGCCAAAUACAAGGUUGUGCUGAGACGCCCUCGUCAGCAUAGACAAGAUGCCCGGGUGGACAUGAUUGAGCUUCCUGAAAGGCUGCCUAGCAUUCAUCCUCCAAGUCCUCCUCCACGUGCUCCAAGACGGUCUUGCCUGCCUCCUCCUCCUCCUCCUCUGCCUCCUCCCUAUUCUUCAAGAGAGUCUUGCAUGUCUCCUAUUCACGAUCCAUCUCUUCCCCCUCUUCCUAAGGCCUCUCGCUUCUCACCUUCUGAUCUUCCUCCUCCCUAUUCUACAAGUGGAUCUCGCGCACCUCCUCCUGAUCCUUCUCUUCCCCAUCGUCCCAGGGCCUUCUGCAUGUCUCCUGCUUCUGGUCCUUCCCUUCCCCGUCCUCCCAGAACCUCUCGCCUCUCUCCUCCCCGUUCUCCAAGGGCCUCUCGCAUGCUCCCUCCCCCUUAUUAUGACCCACCACCCUAUUCUUUAGUGGACCCUCUAGGAAGCUGGCUUCUGCGUCCUGCAUUAGACAGUGCGCCUGUUGCACAGGUGGGUUGUGCAAACACUGGAUACCGUGAUGAUGUAGAGGCAACUGCCUUGUCUUCAGCUGCAUCCGCAAGGGCUGCUCAUGAUGGUUCCACCUCGGGGCAUGCUGGGCAAGGGGCUGAAGCGGCCCUGCCAGGGCCUGUCAAGGAGGAGGACGACGACUUGGAAAUGUAGCUGCAUAUCCACCUUCAAUGGAGGUUUGGUAGACCUGCCAAAGCAGAACUCCACACUGAAUUGUAAUAGCUUGUUUUUAGAAUUGAGGAAUCCGUAACUGACUUCUUUUAAUAGUAUGUCCUGAUUAGACUGAUCACUAUUUUUUUAAUGUAGUGUUUUACUUGUUUAGUGUUCACUUGUUCGUCAUUCACUUUCUUGCAAACAAGAUAACUGGAGUGCCGUAAGGAUUAGCAUACAGAGUUUUUCACAAAACAUUCUACACCCCAAUUCAUCUAGUAGCUCAGAGUAACCCCUCUUGGAGAUGGGGGCAGCCCCUUGUGUCAUGAUGGUCUCUCUCUUCAGCCCUUUCAUCUCCGGUCACUAGAAGUAAGCUAACUCGACUUGAUCAUGAUAUGUUGCUGAUCACCAGUUUAACAUAGAGGAGACACAACUAAAUGCUUGGUUAAAGUACAAAGACACAGUUAAAUUCAAUCACGCACACCCCUUUGAAAGGACACCUGAAGGAGCUUCUUUAACUGAAUUAGAUAGCUUUGUUUCUAACAGAAAGUUGCAUAUAUAUGUAUGAGGUGGGAUGGUUUGCGUCCAGGAUGUUGGGAAUUGCAUAUAUACUCCUUUUGAUGGGCAGAGAAGGUUCUGUGACGUUGGUCAUUGGGGAGGCCACUCAACAAGCUAAGCGCAGAGGCUGUGCCUUCAACAAUUGCCUUAAACAUUGCUAGUGAAGACUCAGCCAAAUAUUGCUGAGCUUCUGUGUGUAACACUUGAAUAGGCAAUACCUUGGUAUAGCAUCUUUACUCCUAGGGAAAUGUACUUAACAAGAAUGAUAGUAUUCUACCUGAGCUGUUUUAAUCUCUCUCUAUAUCUGCAUAAGCCAGAGAAAUGUUUGCAUAGCUACCACGGGGGUUAUAUGCCACAUGAUGCCCCCAAGACUUUUUUAACCUUGAAAAUUGUAUGACCACUUUCUGUGUAUUGACCCUGAAGAGGCAAAGGAAGCAGGCAGGCAAGCAGCGAUGUCUGCCUCCUGAGUAAAAUGCUUCUUGGAUGAAUGACGCUGUUUUUAUAGCACAGACACUUGCCAAAUGUAUGUCUUCAAAUGUGAACAUCAAAUCACUUGUCAAUUGUAUGUUUUCAAAUGUAUGUACCAAAUCACCAAUAAAAAUGUGUGGAGUAGUUAUUUUCA